UGAGCCUGUUUUGAGCCCAUCUUUUGUGUAGGCGCUUCACAUCCAUAGUUGAAACCCAUCAAGCAGCAGCGCCAACGUUGAAACGUUUAAAGGAGGGAUAAGUAAAGAUUUUGAUGCUCAAUUUAGGCUAACCCGUGAAUGUUGUCUGCAGGGAUGUCAAUGGGGAGACCACAAGAGGUUUUCCUUGUGUUUCUCUCCUUGGUUCCACUGGUUUUCCAAUGUCCGCCGAUGUGCCGCUGUACCGGAACCUCUACGGAUUGCAGCAGUCUGAAUGUGAAUGUAGACACCAUUCCCAAACGCUUUGACGCUGACGUCACCGAGAUCAAACUGAAUGACAACAAACUAACUUCCAUCCCCAGCGGCGUUUUCGACACUCUGAGGCAGCUGAGGUCAGUCUCAUUGGACCGGAACCCAUGGAGAUGUGAUUGCGACAUUUUAUAUCUGCGAUCCUGGCUCCUCAAGCAGGAAAACCGAACUAUGUACAAGGAAUUAAAGUGCUCCUCCCCGGCGGAGCUCCAGGGAAGGCUCAUCUUGUAUCUAACGGAGGAUGAAAUAAUAUCGAGCUGCCAGGAGUGGUACUGCAACAUGGUUCUGAUCUGCCAGAUCUUGCUCUUCGCCUUAAUCAUCAUUCAGGCCAUUCUGCUGAUUGGUGUCAUCGUCUUCCUCAGGAGAUUUGAAAGUUUUGCCAAGGAGGCGACCCGGGCACGAAAAGACGAUCAUUUUCGGAAUGCGAUGUAAAAUAAAUGUUUACUGGGCCCAACAUUUUCAGAGUCCGGGGAACAGGUUUAUUUAUUGCGCUUCCUGUACCCCACUUGACAUUGUUCCCGUGUGACAAUUAUUUCAGUUUUCACCAUUUUAGGCCUGUUACUGUAAUUUCUCAGCCAAUUUAAUAGAGGAGACAUGUCAAGCUUACUUUGCUUAAAAUCUAUGCAAAUAUAAAGAGUCCUGGAUUAACUAGCGAGUCUUACACGUUACGCCUCGUUUGAGAUUGAUUAAUGGCGACGCUAUGAGAAUUUAAGAUUUAGCUGUUAAUGAAAAUAAAGCUAUUUUUCACGACGGCUUGGGAAGUUAAAUACAAGCCGCGCCAACGUUUAGUCUCAAUCCAUCCAGAUACUGGCAAGUGAGCGGGUGAUACACCAAAAAGAGAACUAAGAAUCUCACAGCACUGCAGCAGUUGAAGAACUUUUUUCCAAAAAAAAAAGGAAUUUUAUUUCUAACGACGGUGGGGGGUUCUAUUGAUAUUCCGGAAUGCAUUGAAAGGAUUUGCACAGGGAUAGAACAGUUAGCAUUCUGAAAUAUAUAUUGUAAGCUUGGAUUUUUUUUUGUCAUUGCUAUAAAUUUAACUCGGCAAAAGCUUUACUAUUGUAAUCAAUCGAUUGUGCUUUUUCUAACAUAAGGUCUGCUGAAAAAUGCUAAAUAUCGGUCAUUUUGUAGCAGCUAUAUCAUUGAUAGAAUGAAAAUUUAUGAUAGCAAAUAUUAUACCGUGAGAAAUUAUAGACAGUAGCUACCUGUAUUGUGCAUUUUUAAAAAUGCGUUCGUGGGAUUUGGACUUCAUUGGUUAGGGCAAUACUUAUUGUCCAUCUCUAAUCGUCCAGAGGCCAGAUAAGGACAUUAGUGAACCAUAUGGGUCUUAGGACAAUGGAUUAAAAUCACAAAAAUAGAAAUUGCUAGAAAACCUCAGCGGGUAUAGCAGCAUUUGUGGAGCGAAAGCAGAAUGAAAGUUUCAGGUCCAGUGACCCUUCUUGAGAAUGGUCGCUAUUGGGCUCGCUUUUGUGUUGAAUUCAAAUUUCACUGUCUGCCAGAAUGAGAUUCGACCCCACGUCAGCAAAAACAUUAAUCUGGCAUUCUGGAUUACUAGUCGCAGUGGCGUUACAGCACCUGUCUUGCAUGCUUUUCCAAUCAAAGUAUCACCCCACUGUCAAUUGCUCAGGGCAGCACAGAGUGAAGACAGCACUCUCACUGUUUUAUUCCUUCUCUUCACGUUAUUGUCUCUCUCUUUUUUUCUCAGCUGAGAAGAUUGUAAUUUUCUAGUUAUAUGAGUUUUUUGUUUUGGCGUGUGGGCGUGAGACACAGUGAAAACGCCAGAUGUGUAAAUAACUUUACCAAUGCUGCACCACCAUGAAAAACACCCAUGAGGCCAGGGAACCAGUAAUAGGCCGAGACCCGUCAGGCAAUGCCGACGUGAACUCUCUUCACUUUCUAUUCGAUUAGGUUGUUUGCCCGCGAUUAUUCAAUUCAAUCAGCUCCACAGCGACAAAGACUUCGAUUCAAAACAGUAAGAAAUGCAGCUAAACGAAAUAAAAUCGAAUGCAGAUGUUAUGAGGCAGAAUUAACACAACGGCCUACUGGAAUUACCGUGGUGACGGUACAUUUGAAGUUGAUCAAUGUAAAUGUUGGCGUUCAAAACAAUGUUGUCAAACAGUUUCGCAGUUCAUGCAGAUAGUCUGCAGCAUAUAAACUUGUCAAUGAAGCCCUUGGCUUUGUUAAGAUUUUAAAUUACUGCCAAUAACGCAAGAACAUGAAUAUUAAACGCACCAUUUGGCAGUCGAACUAUCCCUACCAUUCACCAGACACUGGCCUGAAUUUUGCCGUCCCAAUAGAGAGUAGAUGCCCAUUUAUUUUGGGUGUGCGAGGGCAGUGUAACUACUACCGCUUCUAUCGUUCGAGAUACCGUAAUGUAUCAAGUCUUUCUUGCGCUGAAUAAAGAUUAUUUACUGCACCAA